AUGGCGUCUAACACUCCACUCUUUGCCGGGGGUGAAAACUCCGAGCAACUCACAUCCGAUACAGAGGAGCUGCGACAGCAAGGAUGGGCGUUAGAUGACGAGAGAAUGGGAGUUUCCAAGACCUUCCAUUUUAAAAGCUAUUUCAAGGCAGUGACAUUCAUGAGCACGAUCGCCUCCGAAAGCUCGGUGAAGAAGCAUCAUCCCACUAUGACUUUGCGUAUCGGCACUGUGGAUGUCCAUUGGACAACGCAUCACCCCCUUGGCCUCACCCGCAAAGACAUUUUGAUGGCUAGAUUUUGCGACAGCUUGGCUAGUGUGAUGAAAGCUGUUGAGCCUGGUCAGGAAUUGAAUUGUGGAUCAGGAACAGAAAAACCCUCCAAAGCCUGA